AGAAGUCGACGAACGAAAUAUGGCUGACAUUCUUCAACGGCCGGUAUAUUAUUCUACUGAUGGGUUCGUUCAGCAUAUAUACGGGUCUCAUGUAUAACGACAUAUUCUCCAAGUCGUUGAACAUAUUUGGCAGUUCCUGGAAAGCCAUCAAACCUUCGGGUAAUCUCUAUAAUCACAGCCAUUAUAUACUCGACCCGCAGACCCAAUACGAUGGCGGCCCCUAUUUCUUCGGCAUUGAUCCGGUAUGGCAGGUGUCGGAGAAUAAGAUCUUAUUCCUCAACUCAUACAAAAUGAAACUGUCGGUCAUUCUAGGCGUCGGCCAAAUGCUAUUCGGCGUUAUAUUGAGUUUCUGGAACCAUAAAUACUUCCAGAACCGGUUGAACAUAAUGUGCGAAUUCAUACCGCAGAUGAUCUUCUUGUUGUCGAUCUUCGGUUACAUGAAUCUACUGAUUGUACCGGUUGAACAUAAUGUGCGAAUUCAUACCGCAGAUGAUCUUCUUGUUGUCGAUCUUCGCGGCUGCGCGCCAUCCAUACUAAUCAAUUUGAUUAAUAUGUUUCUGUAUAAGUAUGUGGACGACGACGACGACGUGCCCGCCUGUUAUCUGAAGGACUGGUACGCGGGCCAGAAGUUCUUCCAGACGAUACUGCUGUUGGCGGCGUUGGGAUGCAUACCGUGGAUGCUGUUCGUCAAGCCGUACAUUCUCAAGAAGCAGCACGAACUCCGCGAGCGCUUCCAUCCGGGCAACGAAGUGAUGGUCGACGGCGAACCGGCCGGCGAUACCACUAUCACUAUAGAGCCGGCGGCGCAGAGCGGUGGCGGCGAUCACGGCUCGGGCGUCGCGUUCGACAUGCAGGAGAUAUUCAUACAUCAGGCCAUUCACACGAUUGAGUACUGUUUGGGCUCCAUAUCCCAUACGGCCUCAUACCUGCGUCUAUGGGCGCUGAGUUUAGCGCACGCCCAGCUCUCGGAGGUGUUGUGGUCGAUGGUUAUGCGCAUCGGUCUGAACGGCACCGGCAUCUCCGGCGGUAUUGUUAUGUAUCUGAUAUUUGGCUUUUGGGCCGGACUUACGGUCAGCGUUCUGUUGGUUAUGGAAGGUCUGAGCGCUUUCCUUCACGCCCUGCGUCUCCAUUGGGUCGAGUUUCAGAGCAAGUUCUACUCGGGAACGGGCUAUUCGUUUCAGCCGUUCUCGUUUGAGGUGAUUCUUGAACAGACGGCCCAAGAAUCGGCCGCUGAGACCACAUAA